ACCAAAAUGUACUCAAAUUAAGGUGCAUAAUCACAGCUAAGAAAAAUCAACUAUAUAAUAUAUGGAGAAAAUGAGAGUGAUACUAAUGACUCUAUUCCUAUACAUAGGUACGUUAGUUGCAGAAGAUGCUGAUAUUGGCAAAGCUAUUAAUAAUGCAAGAGAUGCUGAUAUUGGUAAGGCCAUUAAUCCAACAGAAGACGCUGAUAUUGGUCUUCUUAGCGAACCUGAGGCCUAUGAGUCUCCCGUAUUCAAAAAAUACGUGACACAGUGCACUCCGCAUGUUGCUACAACAUGCAGUAUUACAAGUAGGACGGACUUAAAGAUUGAAAGUGAAGCAAUAUUGGGUCUUUGUCUUUUUGAUUCUAUGGAGAGAUGCUUGGUACAGCAUGAAAUAGCCAACGUUAAUUAUCGAUUAUUCAGGCCACCAAGCCCACCACCAGGACGAGGACCACCAAUUGAACCAAUAGAUCCAAUUCCCCCAUGGAUUCCAUCACCACCCAUAGUUCCUAGGACCAAACUAGAUAACCAUCAACAUCUCCAAUAUUAUCAGACACUUCUCACUGAGACUACAAAAUUCCGAACCGUCUUGAGAAGAUGUACUCAUGUUAGUGCAGAGUUGUCUCACUGCUCCUAAUGUUGCUUCAUCCACACUUUUAGCGGCUUGUCUCAUUCCAUCCAUGAAUCAAUGCGUGUAUCCCGCUAGAGCUCAAUCUGGUAGCCCGCCUAUUAGGACAUAAAAUUAUCUCAGGCAUAAAGGAAAACAUAUUGGACGCACUUGCAACAUAUCUUACUAGUAGAAGAAUAAUGAUCGAGUUUGCUCAGCAUAUAGAUACAAUAACCAAAUAUCAUUGGCUUGCUAGCUUGUUUUUAUGAUCAAGAUGUUAUUACAAAUGUUUACAAAAUAUAUAUAAUGUCAUAAUAAAAAAAUUUAAAUACGUUAA